AUGGAUGGAAUGCGUGACUUGACAUUCGACAACCUGGAGCUGCUGCUUGACUUGCCAGUCGAGCUCAAGAUCAUGGUCGCGGAAAACUUCUUGUUCGACAUCCAUCUGAAGGUCAACGCGGUGCGGCCUCGCCAAGGAGACAGAUUGAUCACGCAUCAUGUCGUCUGGGUCAACGAGGAGGAGUGGGCGCCCUUUCGCGUCUUCGCUGGAAUGAGCCCACAGACGAGCUCCAUUGCAUGGAAAGCAUUUCGCGACGCGAGAACGGCCGGCCGAAUCCGUAUCAUUCUGGAUAUGGAGAAACACACCAUCAAUCCAUCUCACUGGAUUCCGCGCUCGACAGCAACACGACCUGUGCCGAUGCGCUUCUUCGACGAAUUUACGCGCCUUGAGGCCACCACGCCCAUCACGAUGGGUACCGAGCAUGACGAAGACGAGCGCGGCUUCGAGGUGGUGGUUCAGCGCGUCUCUGUGGUGUACGACAUCUCCCCUCCGAUCGCACCACCACAGCCCGGCGACAAUGAUCGUAUCAUCUCCAUCCGCAACGAGGUCCUGAUGGACACCUCCACCACGAUGAAUGCGCCACUCUUCGCCGCUGCGAACGAGGCCAUCACAUACGGCAUCCACCACCCCAUUCCAUCACCCACCAUUCCGACUCCGUACCUUACGCCUCUCACCCCAAAGGGUCUGUGGUCACUUGGCAACCUGCUUACCCACCGCGCUCGCAAGAUCGCCCGACACUACCAGAGCGAGGUCCACGGUACCUCGAGAGUGUGGGUCGAGAACCACGUCAACAGCCUCAACUGGAUCAGCCGAGUUGAGAAGAUGAAGGCGGAGAAGGCGAAGGCAGACGAGGAGAAGGCGGAAGAGGCGGACGAUGAAUAUACCGACGACGAGGAGUAG